AAACCCCAAUUAUUCAGAUCUAUUGAAUUAGAACUAAGAGGAUCGAAGUUUGAUCUGAAAUUCCUAGUUUCUUCUUGUUCACCACCAUGAGCCACAAGAGAAAGUUCGAUCAUGAUGAUCCAUAUACCCAAAUUGCUUCUUCAUCUACUUCAACCAGUAGAUUGGAACAACAAGAAGAAGUUCCAUCAGCAAUGGAUUACAGCAACACCGAAAUAGGAUCUUCAUCAUCAUCCGACUCUUCAGCAUCAGACUUGAAAUUAUACGAUGUCUUCCUCAGUUUCAGGGGCGAGGACACCCGCCACAGUUUUACCGAUCAUUUGUACUAUGCUUUGAAUAAGAUGGGAAUUCAUACCUUUCGGGAUGCUGAGAAACUUAGAAUAGGAGAAGCCAUCGGACCAGCACUUUUGGAAGCUAUUGAAGAAUCAAGGUUUGCAGUGGUCAUUUUUUCACCAGAAUAUGCUUCCUCAGCGUGGUGUUUGGAUGAACUCGCCCACAUUAUUAAAUGCAAGGAAGAGAGUGGACUGAAAGUUUAUCCCGUCUUUUAUCAUGUCCAACCAUCAGAGGUACGAUGGCAGAAAACAGGAAAGUUUCGUGAGGCCUUUGAUAAACAUGAGGAACGAUACGGAGGCACUAUGGACAGAGUGACAAACUGGAGAACAGCUUUGAGUGAAGUAGCCAAUCUCUCCGGAUGGGAUUUGCAAAACAGGUAUGAGACAGAAGUUAUUCAAGAAAUAGCUAGAAAGAUUUCAAAAAUCUUGCCCUUUAUGGUCUCUAGUGCUAGCAAAAAUAUAGUUGGAAUUGAUGUUCGUAUAGCGACAUUGAUGGAUUACUUGGCUUUGUGGUCUACAAAUGACAUUCGCACCAUAGGGAUUUGGGGAAUGGGGGGCAUAGGUAAAACAACUCUUGCAGAAGAAUUUUUCAAAAGAUUUCGUAACCAAUUUGAUGCUAGUGCGUUUGUUGCCAAUGUUAGACUGGAAGCGCGGAAAGGUCUAGUUUACUUGCAAAAACUUCUUUCUGCAUCCUUAUUGGAGAGUGAUGAUAAUACAUCGUCCGUUCAGAUAGGGAAUGAAUUCUUAAGGAGAAAGCUAAAGCAAAAGGUUCUUAUCAUUUUGGACGAUGUUGAUGAAUUAAAACAAAUAGAAGCUUUAGCAGGCGGAAGGUCAGGUGAAUUUAAUUGGUUGGGUCAAGGAAGUCGAGUGAUUAUAACAACUAGAGAUAAGCAGCCGUUGUUGACAUGGGGAGUCCAAGAAGAGAACAUAUACGAGGUUGAGAAACUGACUGAUGAUGAAGCUCUUCAGCUUUUAUGUCAAAAAGCAUUCAACAGUGAACAUGCUCCAGAUGAUUAUAAAGAGCUGUCCAACAAGUUGUUAAAUUAUGUUAGUGGCCUUCCUCUAGCUAUUGAAGUUCUUGGUUCAUACUUGUCUGGGAGACGGGAAAGUGAAUGGUUGGAGGCAUUGGCUAGACUUCAUGAAGAUCCAGAAAAAGGCAUUUUCAGUGUUCUUCAAAUAAGUUUUGAUGGAUUAAGGAAAACUGAGAAGGAUAUCUUUUUGGAUAUUGCAUGUUUCUUCAGAGGCGAGGAUCAAGCACCUGUAAGGAAGAUAUUAAAAAGCUGUGACCUUUAUCCUGAAAACGGUAUAAAAGACCUUGUUUAUAAAUCUCUGCUCAAAAUUGAAAAAAAUAAACUGUGGAUGCAUGAUUUAUUGCAACAAAUGGGCUGGCAUAUUGUUCGUGAAGAAUCUCUUCAAGAUCCAGGCAAACGUAGUAGGCUGUGGCUUAAUGAUAAUACCAACUUGUACGAACGCAAUGAAUCGUGGCUUGACAAGGAUGCCUGUGAUGUACUCACAGAAAAUACGGGAACGAAAGAUGUUCAAGGCAUAUUCCUACGCCUCCCUGAAAAAUUGGAAAUCUGCUUAAAUGCUGACCCAUUCUCUAAUAUGCGCUACCUCAGAUUGUUGAAGAUUUGUAAUGUCAAAUUUCUGGGUGCUCCUUUUAUACAUCUCUCUAAACACUUACGAGUUUUGGAGUGGCAUGAAUGUCCUUUAGAAUCUCUGCCAUCAAGUUGUCAACCGGAUCGGCUUGUUGAACUUAAGAUGCCUAAUAGCCGCAUUGAACAACUAUGGAAUGAAAAGCUUGCAUUAAAAAUGCUAGUGCUAAUUGAUCUUUCCUACUGCCAAUACUUAAGGAGGACUCUCGACUUCAGUACGGUCCCAAAUCUUGAGCGGCUAAACUUUGAAGGUUGUAAAAGAUUAUCAGAAGUUCACCCAACAAUUGGGGAUCUAAAACAUCUAGUCUUAUUGAAUAUGAAAAAUUGUGAAAGUCUAGAAAGCCUUGUCAACUCCAUCAGCCUGGCAUCUCUUGAAACGUUUAUUCUUUCCGGAUGUUCAAAGCUCAAAGAGUUUCCAGAGAUUUUUGGAAGAAUGGAAUCUUUGACAGAACUUUACUUAGAUGGGACAGCUAUAAGGGAGCUGCCGAUAUCAAUCCAACGCUUGAGUGGCCUUAUUUUGCUGAAUUUAAAAGGCUGCAAAUACCUUCUGAGUCUUCCAAGCGUCAUUUGUAAUCUGAUAUCUCUGAAGUAUCUAUACCUCUCAGGCUGCUCUCGUAUUGACCAACUGCCAGAACAUCUAGGGAGUUUGGAACAUUUGCAGGUGCUUGAUGCCUGUAAAACUGCUAUAAGAAAAGUUCCAUCAUCUAUCUUACUUCUGAAGGAACCCAAACAGUUGUGUUUUCCUGGAAGUAAUGAUCUGCAGAUGGAAUUCUCUGAAUCCAGUGGUUUGCGCUACUCAUCCUCACAUUUAUGUUCAUUGAUGGCAUUAGAUAUCCCCUAUGAUAUUUUCUGCUGUUUCUCAGAACCUGGUUCAGAUUUGAAUGAAAACAAAAUGUUGAUCAGCAAACCUGAAAUCAUCUCCAACGGAAAUUUGCAGGAGCUAGAUACCUGGAGCACUCUGAAUUGGAGUUGCAGAUUCCGUGAAACAGAUUUAACAAAUAAUUUUCAUUUGAUGCUUUCUGACACUUCUCCUCAGAUGUUCUUUGAUUCCUGUCAAUAUUCAUCUUUGACAUCUUUACUUCUGAUUGGAUGCAAUCUAGGAGAAGGAGCAAUCCCUGAUGAUAUUGGCUGCUUAUACUCACUCCAUUUGUUAGACUUGAGUGAAAACAAUUUCGUGAGCAUACCUGAAACCAUUUCUCAACUUUCCAAGCUCAGAAAGCUUCUGUUGUUUAGGUGCAGCAAACUUCAGUCCUUGCCAAAACAACUUCCACUGAGUUUAAAACGUGUAAUUGCACGCUAUUGUCCUAUGCUGAGAACUACUUAUCCAAAUACUAUCGUAAAAUGGAGUUCAGAUGAAGGUUUCAGUUUUAUAGAUUGCAGAUAUUCAGACAAACAUGCUGUCGAUGAUGAAGGAUAUAUGUUCUUCCACAAGAUCAUUGAGGAUCGAAUUCAUCAUGACAAAUCAUUUGAAAUUCGUUUUCAUCCUAUUCCAUACAGUAGUGCUAACUUUUCUAAUGAAGUUGGUUCUUCUCAUGGUGAUCGAAUUCUGGACUGGUGCACUCAUUGGAACACUGGUUCUUCUGUUACAUUGCAACUAACUGGUCCAGAAGACAAGACUAAUAGUACGUGGAUGGGAUUAGCCUUAUUUGUUGCUUUGGGAAACAUUGGGAAGUAUCAAGUGGGAAAAAUUCUCUGUCAUCUGAGCAUCGACGAAAGUGGUCUUAAUAUUCCUUUACGUUUUCAAGACUUGGAUGAUGAGUCACUUGAACUCUGUUGCUACUUGCCACGAAGCUGCAUGCUGUUUGAAGGACAGUUGGAUAAAGCCAGUCGAAUUAAUGCUACAUUUUCACCAACUACUCCAUAUAUGCAGGUGAAAUCGUGUGGGAUGCAGCCAAUAUCCGAGCAUGAUGCUCCAAUGUUUGCGCAGGAUUUAACCCGGACUGCUUUUAGUAGUUAUAUCGACUACAGGAUUUUUGAUCGACGGUGUAAUGGAAUAUUAGAUAGGGCAAAGAAAUUGGAAAGCUCUGGAGACGUGAUGGUACCUGCGUACAAUCCUUUAAAUGUGAAUCGACACAAGUGGAAGAUUGACCAUGAUAUCCAGCCCAGAUUAGAGGAAGAGCUACAGUUGUUAAGAUUGCUUUCAGGGCUCUAUGAGGGAAGCAAUGGACGUCAGAAGAAAUUUCAUUUUUGUUUUCCAGAUCCAGUAAUUUCGCCCUGGUUCAUCAAUCACUAUGCAGGGAAUGUAGCACUUUGUGACCUUCCUCAGAACUUAAUCGAUGAUAAGAGAUGGAUCGGAUUAGAAGUUUAUGUUGUGUUUACUUGGCCACUAACAUCUGGUUACAGUGACCACAAUCUUUCUGAUUCCUUCCUUCAUGUUGAUAUAAGUGCACAUGAAAGUAGUGUAAUGCAUUCGUCCAUCAAAAUUGAGAGUUGUUUUGGGUCAUAUCAACUUGUUGUACUACAUGUACCACGUAUGCAUUUUCCAGAACAGUUGAUUCAUUAUCAGGGUAUUAGCACGUUGUUUACAACCAGUACCCCAAUUGUCGAGAUUCAAGUGUGUGGGAGCCGUUUGGUAUAUGAGCAUGAUCUGGAAGAUUUAAUCCUUUCAUUAACUGCGUGUACAUUGAGGAAGCCACAUUCAAUUGGCCAAGUUUAUUCCCAGGCCCAAAUGUAUGUUGAAACUAUGGAAGAGAAAGCGGAUAAAAAUAUCCAGUGCAAUGCAAAGGGAGGAGAAAUGUCCACUGAUGGCCAUUCAUCGUUUCAAAGGUUUACAAGUAUCAAACAAAUUGAAGUACCAGAUAUAGGUCGCAGUUCAAUAUGGCAGAAAUAUAGAUGCCAUAUCCAAGGAAAGCAAGGUAUACUAGAGUCGGACAAAAUAAUUGUCCACUCUAAAUCCCUUCUUCUGGACAAUAGCAUCAAAAAAAAACUUACAGGAAAAGAAUCAAUAAUGUUGUCGUUGGCAUGUCAUCAUUUGCAUAUAGUGGCUGAUGCUCACUUCUGGGGAAGCUAUAGUGGCCUACGGUGGAAGAGAUGCCUAGAGUUGUUGCUGCAAUAUUCCGAGGUGGCAACUCUCAGUGUUUAUGGACAGGUAAUCUCUGUAAUGAAGCAUUUUAGUCCCUCCUCGCCAUUCAAUUUUUGUUUCCCUAAAAAUGAAGUGCUGCCAGACUGGAUCAGAGUUCGUCAACUAUAUCAAUUGCUUGAAGAACAACUCUAUGAUGAUAAAAGUUUGAGGGGACUUGUUAUAUGUGCAACUUUUUCAUUUGACGAUUAUUCUGCCAUGAACAAUCCGGCUUCAGAAAUGACUGUUGAACUUGUGUGUCACUUGAGUGACGAUGACUCCAGGUUUUGCGUGAACGCUGCCCCCAUGCUUACGAUCACUAAGGAGGAAUUCCAGUGGUUUUAUUUCCGUGAUUUCAUGUGGCUUACGUAUAUACCCCUUGUUAUGGUACCGGAGGUCAAAGUAAUCAGUGGUAUAAGGGCCAAUGUAAGUAGUAAUUGCCCAGGCUUGAGGGUGGACUCGUCUGAUACAUGUGUCUUGUACCGGCAAGAGGAGGAGGAAUUUAAGCAAGCAAUAACUCAGUGCUGGACCUCCUUCUUUGAUAAUAUGGAUCUCCUCCGUCGGUUUGUACAAGCAGAUGCUGAUAAAGGUGUAGAGACGAGGCAUGAACUUCCAAUGCUCGGCGGAAGUAUGAAGGACCUUGAUAGCAACUUGAUGUAUGACGCAACUCACCCAUUUACUGAAAUUCCGGAUUGGUUUGGACAUCCAAAUGAAAGGUCUGGAGAGAUCCAGUUACCACCAUCUCUUGGCGGGGACGAAAAUUGGAUAGGAGUGGCUAUAUGUGCAUCAUAUUCUCCCUUACAAUUGAAUCCUCAAGUUUCUGCGUACUUAAAAUGUGUUUUGCGAACUGAGAUGAGUAACUUGACAUCUGUCCACCGCUAUCAGAUGACCAAUGAAGAAGUCAAGUGCGUAUCUUCUGAGAGAAAAUUCAUUUGGCUAUCCUAUCUUCCACGACACUGGUUUUUCUACCAGUUAAAUGAUGAGUCUGCUCUCAGGGCUUCGUUUUCAAGUUCACCUGGUUUGUGGUUUGAGGAGUGCGGUCUGCGUCUUGUAUACCGGCGAGAUGAGGAAGAGUUUAAGCAACUCUGUAUCUCCUUAAACUCGUUGCCCGACAAUCAAAAACCAGUUCACGGAAUAUCAAGCUGCAUUCAAGAAUUAAUGAGAAAUAUCUUAGAAUGCAAACUAAAUUGAAGACUUGCUUGCAGAGAUAUCUUAUAUAAUUAAAAACUCCUUUUUUUUUUAAUAGAAUGCACAACUCUUAUUAAGUGAUUGUAUUGUAU